AUGACUUGUCAGUUUGAGCGUCAUCCAUUUCUAUUGACAGUCCAAGAUGUUGCAAAAACACUUGAGACACACUUGGAAAGGGGAUUAUCCUCUACGCAAGUUGCGCAAUUACAUGAGAAAUGUCCCCCUAAUGAAUUAGAUGUUGGUGGAGCUAUCCCUUGGUAUAAGAUCUUUCUAAAGCAAUUGGCGAAUGCUAUGAUAUUAGUUUUAUUCCUUGCUAUGGCAUUGAGCUUCGGCGUAAAUGAUUGGGUAGAAGGGGGCGUCCUCCUAGCCGUCAUUGUGCUCAAUGUUUCAAUUGGAUUCUAUCAGGAGUAUGGCGCCGAGAAGAAAAUGGAUGCUCUUAGAGCCCUUUCCGCCCCAAGCGCGAUGGUACUACGUGAUGGUAGAACUCAAGUUAUUCCAAAUGCUGAGGUUGUACCUGGUGAUGUCGUCAUUCUAAAAAUGGGUGACACCGUCCCCGCUGAUGUUCGCCUCUUUGAAGCCAUGAACCUUGCUGCAGAUGAACAGUCGCUCACUGGAGAGUCAGUACCUGUUGAAAAGAUCAUUGAACAUCUGGAGGAUGAAGAACUCGGUAUAGGCGAUCGAAUUAACAUUGCAUAUGGCACAACAACUAUCAGGAAAGGUCGAGGUCGAGGCGUGGUUAUAUCGACCGGCAUGCAGACCGAAGUUGGUAAGAUUGCUGCUUCGAGUUCAGAAAAGCAUCGCAAAGAUGGCCGCUCCAUGAACUACAAGAAAUAUGGAAAGCGACAACCUGUUGUUGGGCUAGUAAAGCGAAUCUAUGAUUUUGUUGGCAAAUUCCUUGGAUUGACUGAAGGAACACCGCUUCAAAUCAAACUAUCAAAAUUGGCUUAUACACUUUUUGGUUGUGCGCUUCUGCUUGCUGUCAUCGUUUUUGCUGUUAAUGAGUUUCAUGUUCCGAAAGAAGUUGUUAUUUAUGCUAUCAGUACGGGUAUUGCUAUUAUUCCCGAGUCGCUCGUCGCGGUCCUAACCAUUACAAUGGUGGUUGCUGUAACGGUCAUGCGAAAGGCUAAUGUUGUGGUCCGAGACUUGUCCGCUCUCGAAGCGCUUGGCGGAGUUACGAAUAUCUGCUCCGACAAGACCGGUACCCUGACUCAAGGGGCUAUGAUCGUUAGGAAGGUCUGGAUUCCCCACAAAUCGACAUAUACAGUUAGAGAUUCUAGACGUCCUAGCGAUCCGACUGAAGGAAGGGUCACGGUUUCAGAGCUGGAUUAUCAAAGUCAGGAUUCCGAGAAACGAGAUUUUGACCAAGAACGUAGCGCCGCGGUGCUCAAAUUCGAUGUGCCAGACGAGAAGCUCAAUCCAGCUAAAUAUCAUAAGGAAGAUGAGAAAGACGCUACCAUGAAUCCUGAGUUGGAAGCCUUCCUCCUAUCUGCGGCACUUUGCAAUCUUGCUACCGUCAGACAUGAACCAGAACCUCAAGACGACCAUCCCGAAUGGCAAGUAACAGGGGAGCCAACAGAAAUCGCCCUGCAAGUAUUUGCGCAUCGCUUUCAAAAGGGAAAGAGGAUCAUGGAAGCUGAAGGUUGGAAGCAAAUCGCCGAAUUCCCUUUUGAUAGUGGUAUUAAGCGUAUGUCGGUUAUCUACGAUAGUCCUAGCCGCGACCACAGUAUGGUGUUCACCAAGGGCGCCGUUGAACGGGUACUUGACCUCUGCUCUACGGUCGGUAUCGGGGGUAUCCAAGAACCAAUGACUGAGGAAUACAAAGAGAGGAUCUUAAAGCAGAUGGAUGCCUUUGCCAGCCAGGGCCAACGUGUACUCGCUAUUGCAUCGCGACCAUGGGAUGGCAAGUACACAGAAAAAGCCGCGCCCGGGCACCAUGCGGGAGACGAUAAUUUACGUAAGCGUGUGGAAAGUGACCUCACACUUUUAGGCCUGGCGGGUAUUUAUGAUCCGCCGCGGAAGGAGACUACACCGGCUAUCGCAGAAUGUUCAUCCGCUGGUAUAAAAGUACACAUGUUAACUGGCGACCAUCCCGCCACAGCGGAAGCAAUCGCCAAGGAAGUCGGUAUCAUCCCUAGGAAUCUCAGCAUUCUAAGUCAGGACAUCGCGAAUGCCAUCGUACAAAAAGCAAGCGACUUCGACAAGCUUACCGAUGCAGAGAUCGACGCUUUGCCUGAAUUGCCCCUUGUACUUGCUCGCUGCGCUCCAGAUACUAAGACCCGCAUGAUUGAAGCUCUUCGCCGGCGAUCCGCUUACAUGGCUAUGACUGGCGACGGCGUUAACGAUGCUCCGUCUCUAUCCCGAGCCGAUGUGGGUAUUGCGAUGGGAUCAGGUUCCGAUGUGGCUAAAUCCGCCGCAAAGAUCGUGCUGACUGACGAUAAAUUCAAUUCCAUCGUCGCCGCUAUCCGUGAAGGACGACGAAUGUUCGAUAACAUCCAGAAGUUUAUUCUACAUCUACUCACCUCCAAUGUGGGUGAAGUCAUCCUUCUGAUUUGCGGUCUAGGUUUCCAGGACGAAUCGGGAUUUUCCGUGUUCCCAAUUUCUCCUCUCGAAAUCCUAUGGAUUAACAUGCUAACCUCGUCAUUCCCCGCUUUCGGUCUCGGUCGCGAGGAAGCAUCACGGGAUGUUAUGCGCAAACCUCCGCAUGAUAGGAGGCGUGGCGUAUUUACGAACCAAAUAUUGAUUGAUAUGCUUGUCUACGGGUUAUUGAUGGGAAUCUUAUCACUCAUGACCUUCGUUAUAAUUAUUUACGGGGCGAACAACGGACAAUUAGGUAUUGAUUGCAAUAGGGAAUUUUCGGGCGUGUGCAUCCCUGUAUUCCGAGCGCGAGCUACCGUAUUCGCGGAGUUGACUUGGCUUAUUCUCAUCAGCGCCUGGGAAUUCAAGGAUAUUCGACGAUCUAUGUUCCGACUCAAACCCGAUGACACCUCAAAAUUCCCGCUAUUUAAGGAUGUUUACGAGAAUAAGUUCUUGUUCUGGGCUGUGGUACUCGGUGCUAUCAGCGUAUUUCCGGUCGUAUACAUCCCGGUGGUCAAUACUAACGUCUUCAAGCAUACAAACAUCAGCUGGGAGUGGAGUUUGGUUAUCGCCGCAACUAUCAUCUUCGUCACUGGGAUGGAGCUUUGGAAGUUGACUAAGCGACACUUCAGAUUACUCGAGGAUGCUGCUGUUGUGAGGGGUGUCUUCUCCCAAGGAAGCGAAGAAGCUGGUCGCAAGUUUCACCACACUAUCAGCUUUAGUAGCUUAAAGAGUUGGCGAAGCAUUGGCAAGAGUCACAACGGCGAUGCCCGGGCUAGUACGAAAGAGAAAAAUUCGAGCCCUGUAUAA